AGAGCAACCGUUGCUAAGCGGCGACACUAACAAAACAGUUCCAAAAGACAUUUUUAGUUUGAAACUCCGAGUAUAGUUUUCGAAGAGCAUUAAAUAAAGGCUAAAAUGUCGCUCGUUGCCGAUCUUGAGAUCGGGGAUGCACGAGUAGAAUUCAUAGGAGACUAUGUUCUGAAAACUUUAAAAUUUAAACCUGAUAAAUUCGCCAAAUUAUGGAAUGCCGAAGAGAACAAGCAAAUUUUUAUGGACUUUUUCGAGAAGCCGGACUUGCAAACUCUAGUCAUAGCAGCUACUCCUGGAGGAGCUUUGCAAGCACAGUUGGAUUGGCCAGCUCAGCUAAAGAUGAAAGCCUGCUACUUUGUAAAGAAAAACAGAGAAGCUAUCAACAAAGAUUCUCCUAUCAGAACUGUAACUCUUUAUGGUGAUUUGUCUUCUCCUAUGGAACAAUUGUCAGCCUUUGUUGAUGAAGUUUUAUUUCCCUUGCUAUCAAACGAAAAGAAUCACAAACAAUGGCCUCAAGUUGUUUCCCAAGACAUUCUUCGUCACGUUCACAACCUUAAAAGCUGGGUUCAUGUCGUGUCCGGUCAGGUUCAAGGUAAAACACUUCUCCCUCUUCCAGUAGGUUCAGAGAAAAUCGAAGAUACAGAAGAAGGUGACGAAGAGAGCUAUGAUCGAUCAGUAGUACAUGCAAUUGAAUCAGUCGUAAUCGACUGGUCUCAUCAAAUACGAGACGUUCUGAAAAAGGACAGUUCACAGCCUCUCCUCGAAGGUCUUAAUCCUGGUCCUAAGGUUGAAAUUGAGUUUUGGAAAGUAAAAGCUCAAAACCUUGAAUGCAUAUUUGAGCAAUUACGUGACCCAAAAGUUCGAAAGAUGGCUAAUUUGUUGGAGAAAACUGAUAGCAGCUACUUUCCAGCUUUCAAAGAUAUGUUCAGAGAUGUAACGGCAUCUUUACAAGAAGCUCAGGAUAUAAAUUUAUAUUUAAAACCAUUGAGGAAUCAUUUCGAAGAUAUGGAACAGGCGGACUACGAAAAUCUUAAAAAUAUGAUACCACCAUUACUUCACGUCAUCUGUCUGGUAUGGGCGAAUUCAAAACAUUACAACAAGCCAGUCAGAAUAGUUGUAUUAUUACAAGAAAUUUGCAAUAUGCUGAUAGAUUUAACAUGCACUUUCCUUGAACCUACGGAAAUUUUCAAAGGUGAAGUAGAAGAGACCAUAGUAAAGGUCAAAGAAGCAUUGGAUCUGUUAGCAUUUUUUAAACACAGCUAUGAAGAACAUAAAUCCAAAUUGCCUGAGUACUUUAAAGAUGGUUCGGAACCAAUAGAAUGGCAGUUCGCUUCACCUUUAGUCUUCCAUAGAUACAACAAAUUUUCAGAAAGGGUAGAAACCGUUCAUAAAUUAAUGGAAACUGCAAUGGAGUUCAUCAAGUUGGAAAAAAUUGAAAUAGGAGGUAUAAAGGGGAAGAUGCUUAGCUCACAAGUAGUACAGAUUUUUGAUGAAUUCAAUGAUCUCUUUAAAAUUUUCCAAGAGAGUACAUACAAUGCUUUUGAUCCUCAAAGUUGUGAAUUCUUGAAAGAUUAUGAAAAAUUUGAAAGUCGUAUUGCGGAUUUAGAUAGACGUUUGGCAUCAAUUCUUUGUCAAGCUUUCGAAGACUGUUCCGGUUUGGAAGCUGUUUUUAAACUUUUGGACAUUUUUGGUAGUCUCCUAGACAGGCCUUUAGUUAAGGAAGAUUUCAAUGACAAAUAUCCAAUAAUUGUUACCAUGAUGGAAACCUGUAUUCAAGAUACAAAAACUAUAUAUGAUGAACAUAUUAAAAUUAAAGAGGAGACAGGUAGACUACCCAUUCAUAAGAACAUGGCCAACAUAUCUGGAGGUUUAAGAUGGACACAAGAACUCAGAGAAAGAAUCUCAACGCCCAUGACAAACUUCAGAAUGCUAGAACAUAGAUGCAUGGAAAGUGAAGAAGCAAAAGCAGUCUUUGAUCAUUAUGAUUUGAUGAUGAAGCUUUUGGGUGAGUUUGAAGUGAAGCUGUACGAGGAAUGGAAGGCUGGAGUUGAUGAGGCUUGCUCAUUCAAUCUUGAUCUACCUCUUAUUACUCGUGAUGGAGACACUAACUUAAUCAGCUUGAACUUUGACCCUCAACUGGUUGCUGUACUUAGAGAAGUCAAAUACUUGCAAGCAAAGGACGGAGAAGAACCUGUUGAAAUUCCAGAAAGCGCAGGAAAAUUAUAUGAAAGAAAUGACAAUUUCUGGCAAUAUGUCAAUAAUAUUGAUCUCAUAAUUAAAUGGUACAAUAAAGUUCGUACUACCACUCUAGAAGUUGAAUUUCCCUUAAUCGAGAGUCAGUUGAGUUCGCUCGAUGAAUUGUUAGAGAAGGCUGAGAAAGAUCUAACUUGGAAUAGUGAGAAUGCCUGGGACUAUAUUAAUGAUACAAGAGACAAAGUUCAUGAUUUAGAAUCACGAGUUCAGCAGUCAAAAGAUAAUGUUGAGAAAAUCCAAAAGAUGAUGGCAACUUGGUCAAAGAUACCAUUGUUUGAGAGAAAGGAAGGCAAGAAUGAAUCUCUCCUUCAACUUGACGAUAGAGAAGAAAAAUUAAACAAACGCUAUACUGAAAUAAAAGAUACUGGGGAAAAAAUUCAUGAACUCCUCAAGAAGAAUAUGGAACUUUUACAAGCCGAAGAAAGUUCAGAUACAUGGAAGGCAUACGUCGAUUAUGUCGAUGAGAUGAUUGUCGAUGGAUUUUUCCAUACAAUCCAGUGCUCCUUGGACUUUUUCCUUGGAAACACCGAUUUCGCCAAAGAAAUCACUAUCCUCUUCGAAGCCCAGAUGGAACUGCAAGUUCUGGAAAUGGUCUUCAAACCAUCUUUGGAUUACGGUGUUGCCGAUGGUUUCUACGAUUUGGUUGACUCUUUAGUGGGAGAUAUUUAUAAACAAUCCUCACUUAUUAACAGAUUGGCCGAACACUCAGGACAUGAAAACUACCAAUCAGAUUUAGAAGAUAUGGAACAAUUAUCAGAUAUGCGUAAUGAUUUGAUGGAGAGGGUCCAAAACAUGAUGACCAAAGCUGGAGAUUAUAGAAAUUCAUUUGACAACUAUGCUUAUCUAUGGGUUGACGACAGACAAGAAUUCAUGAGACAAUUUCUACUUUACAACCAUGUAUUAACAACAGAGGAAAUUGAAGCGCAUGCUGAAGAAGGUGUUCCAGAGUGUCCUCCAACUUUAGAUCAGUAUAAAGAACAAAUUGACACUUAUGAAAAAAUUUAUGAUGAAGUGGAAGCUAUAGAUAGCUCGUCCAUUAUUGACAAAUGGUUCCGCAUAGACGCCAAGCCGUUCAAAAAUGCCUUAUUGAAUAUCAUAAAGAGAUGGAGUCUCAUGUUCAAACAACACCUCAAUGAUCAUGUUACAAACAGUUUGAGAGACUUAUCCGAAUUUAUCAAGCACGUUGAUCACGGACUUGCUCAGCCUGUAGAAGAGGGCGACUAUAAUGGCCUAGUUACUUGCAUGGGUCAUCUUAUGGCUGUUAAAGAAAGACAAGCAGCUACUGAUGAUAUGUUUGAACCGUUGAAGCACACUAUUGAAUUAUUAAAGCAGUAUGACCAAGAAAUGUCAGAUGAAGUUUAUCAACAAUUGCAAGAACUUCCAGAACUCUGGAAUAAUACCAAAAAAUCUGCUAUUACUAUUAAACAACAAGUUGCUCCAUUACAAGCUAAUGAAGUUGCCAAUAUCAGAAGAAAAGCUGGAGAAUUCGACGUUAAUCAACAUAAAUUCCGUGAGACGUUUCGUAAAUUUCCUCCAUUCUGGUAUACCUGUGAAGACCCAUAUGAACAAAUUGACCAGAUGCAUCUAGCUGUUCAUGAGUUGGAAAAAGAUAUGGCUGCACUAUGUGAAUCAGCCAGUUUAUUCGAAGUCAACGUACCAGAUUACAAGCAGUUGAAGAUGUGCAGAAAAGAACUUGUUAUGUUAAAAACAUUAUGGGAUUAUGUAUUUGUUGUUCGUUCUUCAAUAGAAGACUGGAAAACAACACCAUGGUUAGAUAUCAAUGUUGAACAGAUGGACAUGGAUUGUAAGAAAUUUGCCAAAGACAUUAGAAGUUUAGACAAAGAAAUGAGAGCAUGGGAUACCUAUACAGGCGUAGAAGGCACAGUUAAGAAUAUGCUUACAUCUCUAAGGGCAGUUUCUGACCUUCAGAAUCCUGCUAUACGUGAUAGACAUUGGCAGCAAUUGAUGCAAGCUACAGGAGUUAAAUUUCAAAUGGAUGAGAAUACAACUCUAUCAGAUCUACUAUCUCUAAACCUUCACGAAUUCGAGGAUGAGGUUAGAAACAUCGUAGAUAAAGCAGUCAAAGAAAUGUCAAUGGAGAAGGUUCUUAAAGAGCUUCGUCAGACAUGGGCAGUUAUGGAAUUUGAACACGAAAAGCAUCAAAGAACUGGCGUUACUUUGUUGAAGGCCAGUGAAGAAUUAAUCGAAACUUUAGAAGACAACCAAGUUCAACUACAAAAUAUGCUAACUUCAAAAUUUAUUGCAUACUUUUUGGAAGAAGUAUCUUCCUGGCAAAAGAAACUAUCUACCGCUGAUCAAGUCAUUUCAAUUUGGUUUGAAGUUCAAAGAACAUGGUCUCAUCUUGAAAGUAUCUUUAUUGGUUCAGAAGAUAUUCGAUCUCAAUUGCCUGAAGAUUCUAAGAGGUUCGAUGGCAUUGAUUCUGACUUUAAGGAACUUAUAGUAGAGGUUGAAGGCACAACUAAUGUCGUAGAAGCAACUAAUAAGCCAAGACUGUACGAACGCCUUGAAGCCAUUCAAUCUGAGUUAGUUCUAUGUGAAAAAGCUUUGGCUGAAUAUUUAGAAACCAAGCGUCUAGCUUUCCCAAGAUUUUAUUUUGUGUCUUCUGCCGAUUUACUCGACAUUUUAUCAAAUGGCAACAAUCCAGUUGCUGUAAGUCGUCAUUUGACCAAAUUGUUUGAUUCUAUGGCUCAACUCAAGUUUGAAGAGGAUGCUGAGGGUAAUGCAACCAAAAAUGCUUUGGCUAUGUACAGCAAAGAUGGAGAGUAUGUUGAUUUGGCAAAUCCAUGUGAAUGUACUGGUCAAGUAGAAGUUUGGUUGAACAAACUACUAGAUGCUCAAUGCGAAACUGUCAGGCACGAAAUGACUGAAGCUCAGAGUGCAUACGAAGAAAAGCCCAGGGAAAGCUGGUUGUUUGAUUACCCUGCACAAGUCGCACUAUGUGUUACACAAAUCUGGUGGACAACUGAAGUUAAUAUAGCUUUUGGCCGCUUGGAAGAAGGUUACGAGAAUGCUCUAAAAGACUACAACAAAAAACAAGUUCAGCAAUUGAACCUUUUGAUCAGUAUGUUAAUUGGUCAACUCUCGAAAGGUGAAAGACAAAAAAUUAUGACAAUUUGUACUAUUGACGUACAUGCCAGAGAUGUUGUUGCCAAAAUGAUAACAAACAAAGUAGACAGUUCUCAGGCUUUCAUGUGGCUUAGUCAACUAAGACACAGAUGGGAUGAUAAAGAGAGAGAUUGCUUUGCGAACAUUUGCGAUGCUCAGUUUAAGUAUUCACACGAGUACCUUGGAAAUACACCUCGUUUAGUUAUCACACCUUUGACUGAUAGAUGCUACAUUACUUUGACACAAUCUCUUCAUUUAACUAUGAGUGGUGCUCCAGCUGGGCCAGCAGGAACUGGUAAAACAGAAACAACGAAGGAUUUAGGUAGAGCCCUUGGAAUCAUGGUGUACGUUUUCAAUUGCUCAGAACAGAUGGAUUAUAAAUCCAUCGGUAACAUCUACAAAGGUCUGGCUCAAUCAGGAGCUUGGGGAUGUUUUGACGAAUUCAACAGAAUUUCAGUUGAAGUAUUGUCUGUAGUCGCAGUCCAGGUGAAAUGUAUCCAGGAUGCUAUUAGAGACAAGAAGAAAAGAUUCAACUUCCUCGGUGAAGAAAUCAAUCUCAAUCCAACUGUGGGUAUCUUUAUCACAAUGAAUCCAGGUUAUGCUGGUAGAACAGAGCUGCCUGAAAAUCUAAAAGCUUUGUUUAGACCCUGCGCUAUGGUUGUUCCUGAUUUUGAGUUAAUUUGCGAAAUCAUGUUGGUUGCGGAAGGUUUCUUAGAAGCCAGAUUACUUGCCAGGAAAUUUAUCACCCUCUACACGCUUUGUAAAGAAUUACUCUCCAAACAAGAUCACUAUGAUUGGGGUUUGAGAGCUAUCAAGUCUGUAUUGGUAGUUGCUGGUUCAUUGAAGAGAGGAGAUCCAGAACGACCAGAAGAUCAGGUGCUAAUGAGAGCUCUGAGAGAUUUCAAUAUCCCGAAGAUUGUUACUGACGAUCUUCCAGUUUUCAUGGGGCUCAUUGGAGAUCUUUUCCCUGCUCUUGAUGUUCCAAGAAAGAGAAACCCAGAUUUGGAAAAAGAAGUAAAAAAAGCUAUUGUACAAAUGAAAUUACAACCGGAAGAGAGCUUUAUAUUGAAAGUUGUCCAAUUGCAAGAACUCUUUGAAGUACGUCACAGUGUAUUUGUUAUUGGUAAUGCAGGAACUGGAAAAAGUAUGGUAUGGAAAAGUUUGUACAAAGCAAAUCAAAAUAUGAAAAAGAAGCCGGUGGUUCAAGAUUUAAAUCCAAAAGCCGUAACCAAUGAUGAACUUUUUGGUAUCAUUAAUCCAUCGACCAGAGAAUGGAAAGACGGUCUCUUCUCAACAAUCAUGAGAGAUUUAGCUAACUUGUCAGGAGACGGCCCGAAAUGGAUUGUUCUCGAUGGAGAUAUUGAUCCUAUGUGGAUUGAAUCUUUGAAUACUGUCAUGGAUGAUAACAAAAUUUUAACAUUAGCUUCAAAUGAACGAAUUCCUCUAACCCCAUCAAUGAGAUUGCUUUUUGAAAUUUCUCAUUUAAAAACUGCAACACCAGCUACCGUUUCUAGAGCCGGUAUUUUGUACAUCAAUCCUGCUGAUUUGGGCUGGAAUCCAUUUGUAUCUUCUUGGAUAGAUACUAGAGAAGUUCAAUCGGAAAGAGCAAACUUAACUAUUCUCUUCGACAAAUAUGUACCUCCCUGUCUUGAUACUUUGAGAAAUCGCUUCAAAAAAAUUACACCUAUUGCUGAGAUAUCUCACUUACAAAUGCUUUGUUAUCUCUUGGAAUGCUUGCUUACUCCUGAAAAUACACCACCAGAUUGCCCGAAAGAUUUAUACGAAUUAUACUUCGUUUUCUGUUGCGUUUGGGCUUUUGGAGGUGCUAUGUUCCAAGAUCAAUUGGUCGAUUACCGAGUAGAAUUUACUAAGUGGUGGACAACAGAAUUUAAGACUGUCAAAUUCCCGUCUCAAGGUACAGUGUUUGAUUAUUUCAUAGAUAAGGAAACACACAAGUUCGAAUUAUGGACAAAGAGAGUAGAAAAAUUCGAAUUGGACCCUGAUAUACCUCUACAAGCGGCUUUAGUUCACACUGCCGAAACAACUAGAAUUCGCUUCUUCCUGGACAUGCUUGUGGCCAGAGGAAGACCAGUAAUGUUAGUUGGUAAUGCCGGUACCGGCAAAACUGUACUUAUGCAAGACAAACUGAAUAACUUGCCAGAAGAUUACUUGAUUGCAAACGUUCCCUUUAACUUUUACACAACUUCAGAGAUGCUUCAACAAGUUUUAGAGAAACCAUUAGAAAAGAAGGCCGGAAGAAACUACGGACCACCAGGAACCAAGAAACUCAUCUAUUUUAUUGACGAUAUGAAUAUGCCCGAAGUAGAUAAGUACUUUACUGUGCAACCACAUACUUUGAUAAGGCAACAUUUGGAUUACUCUCACUGGUAUGAUAGAACUAAGUUAGCUCUAAAAGAAAUCCACAACACUCAAUAUGUAUCAUGUAUGAAUCCUACGGCCGGUUCAUUUACGAUCAACACUCGUUUACAACGUCAUUUCUCAGUUUUUGCCAUCUCUUUCCCUGGUCAAGAUGCCUUACAUACAAUCUAUAAUAGUAUUCUUUCUCAGCAUCUUUCACAAGGAUUCCCUCAGGUUGUUCAAAAGAUCUCUUCACAAUUGGUAAAUAGUGCUCUAAACCUCCACUCGAAAAUUACAUCAACAUUCUUACCAACUGCAAUAAAAUUCCAUUAUAUAUUCAAUUUAAGAGACUUAUCUAAUAUAUUUCAAGGAAUGCUAUUCUCCUUACCAGAAAGUAUAAAAACUACUACAGACUUAAUUCGAUUAUGGAUGCACGAAAGUCAAAGAGUAUACAGAGAUAAAUUGAUAGAGGAUAAAGACAUGGAAGUUUUUGAUAAAUUGCAAAAAGAAAUGAUUAAGAAAAAUUUUGAGGAUAUUGAUGAAACCGCCACCUUCCAACAACCAUUAAUAUUUUGCCAUUUUGCUCAAGGUAUUGGUGAACCAAAAUAUAGCCAUAUUGAAGGAAUGCCUGAACUCACAAAGUUACUAACUGAAGCUCUAGACUCCUAUAAUGAAAUUAAUGCCGCUAUGAAUUUGGUACUUUUUGAGGAUGCCAUUCAGCACAUUUGUAGAAUUAAUCGUAUCCUUGAAUCACCAAGGGGUAACGCCCUUUUGGUCGGUGUUGGUGGUUCUGGUAAGCAGUCUCUGUCCAGGUUGGCAGCUUCCAUAUCAUCUCUAGAAGUUUUCCAAAUAACCUUAAGAAAAGGAUACAGUAUUGCUGAUCUUAAACUAGAUGUGGCUGGAUUAUAUCAAAAGGCUGGUUUGAAAGGCAUUGGAAUGGUAUUUUUAAUGACAGAUGCCCAGGUUGCAGAUGAAAAAUUUCUUGUAUUAAUUAACGAUCUAUUGGCUUCUGGUGAAAUUCCUGGUCUUUUCCCUGAUGAUGAAAUAGAAAAUAUCAUUUCUGGCGUAAGAAAUGAAGUAAAGGGUGCCGGUUUACAAGAUACUAGAGAAAAUUGUUGGAAAUUCUUUAUUGAAAGAGUCCAAAGGAUGCUAAAAGUGGUUCUUUGCUUCUCACCCGUUGGUAGUACCCUAAGAGUUAGAGGAAGAAAGUUCCCAGCAGUUACGAACUGCACAUCUAUUGAUUGGUUCCACGAAUGGCCCGAACAAGCUUUAAUAUCUGUGUCAAAGAGAUUCUUAUCUGAUAACGAACUAUUAAACGAAGAAAUGUGCGACUCUAUUUCUCAGUUUAUGGCUUUUGUUCAUCGUUCAGUUAAUGAAAUGUCAAGUCUAUAUUUACAAAACGAGAAGCGCUAUAAUUACACAACCCCAAAAUCUUUCUUGGAACAAAUUGCCUUAUACCAAAACAUGCUUAGAACAAAACAUACAGAAUUAAAUGGCAAAAUGUUGCGUUUAGAAAAUGGUCUAGAAAAAUUAAAGAGUACCUCCUCACAAGUUGACGACUUGAAAGAAAAAUUGGCAGCUCAAGAAGUUGAACUCACAGAAAAGAACGAAGCUGCUAAUAAACUUAUUGCUGUUGUUGGUGCAGAAACAGAAAAAGUUUCAAAGGAAAAAGCUAUUGCUAGUGAGGAAGAGCAAAAAGUUUCUGUAAUUGCUGAGGAUGUUGGUAAAAAACAGAGAGAUUGCGAAGAAGAUUUAGCAAGAGCUCAACCUGCCUUGGAAGCUGCCAAAGAAGCCUUAGACACCUUAAACAAGAAUAAUUUGACUGAAUUAAAAAGUUUUGGUAGUCCUCCAUCCGCUGUUGUUAACGUCACUGCAGCUGUUAUGGUUCUGUUGGCUAAUAAUCAGCCAAAGGUUCCCAAAGAUAGAAGUUGGAAAGCUGCUAAAGUUCAAAUGGGCAAAGUUGAAGAUUUUUUAAACAGUUUGAAAAAUUACGAUAAAGAUAAUAUUCCUGAACACUGUCAAAAGGCGGUCACACCUUACUUAGAACAAGAGGAAUUCAAUCCGGAAUUUAUCAGGAGCAAAUCUCUUGCUGCAGCUGGACUUUCCUCAUGGGUUAUUAAUGUAAUGAAAUACUACAAGGUAUUCUGUGAAGUAGAGCCCAAACGUAUAGCUCUCGAAGCCGCUAACGAACAACUGAACUCAGCUCAGAGCAAAUUGGCGACCAUUCAAGCAAAAAUUAAAUCUCUAGAGGAAGCUUUAGGCAAAUUGACAGCCGAAUAUGAAAAAGCUACAGCUGAAAAGCUUAAGUGUCAACAAGAGGCAGAUGCAACAAAUCGCACAAUCACUCUGGCUAACAGACUUGUCGGAGGUUUAGCUUCAGAAAAUGUUCGUUGGGCGCAAUCAGUUAGUGACUUUAAAGAGCAAGAGAAAACUUUACCAGGAGAUGUCUUAAUUACAACAGCCUUUUUGUCAUACGUUGGCUGCUUUACAAAACAGUACAGAACAGAUCUUUUAACCAAAUAUUGGAUGCCUUUCUUGGGCGAAUUAAAGACACCAAUCCCCAUUAGCUCAAUAGAAUUGGAUCCUCUCUCAAUGUUGAUUGAUGGUGCUGUUGUAGCUACUUGGAAUAAUGAAGGUCUUCCCUCCGAUAGAAUGUCAACUGAAAAUGCUACUAUUCUUACAGCUGCUGAACGAUGGCCCUUAAUGAUUGAUCCUCAAUUGCAAGGUAUUAUUUGGAUUAAAAACAAAUACGGUGACGGUCUAAAAGUAGUAAGACUUGGACAAAGAGGUUAUCUGGACGUCAUAGAACAAGCUGUUUCAGCCGGUGAGGUAGUGUUAAUAGAAAAUAUUGGCGAAAAUGUGGAUCCCGUACUUGACCCUCUAUUGGGAAGAAAUACUAUUAAAAAAGGAAGAGCCAUAAAAAUGGGAGAUAAGGAAGUGGAAUAUAAUCCCUCAUUUAAACUGAUCUUACAUACUAAAUUAGCUAAUCCUCAUUACAAGCCAGAAAUGCAGGCUCAAACAACACUCAUCAAUUUUACCGUUACAAGAGAUGGAUUAGAAGAUCAACUGUUGGCUGCUGUAGUUAGUAAGGAACGUCCUGAUCUAGAAAAAACAAAAUCAGAUCUCACAAGACAGCAAAAUGAAUUUAAAAUUACGCUCAAACGCCUCGAAGAUUCACUUCUGGCUAAAUUAUCAACAGCAGAAGGAAACUUCUUGGGUGAUUAUGAAUUGGUGGAAAACUUAGAAACUACUAAGAGAACAGCUACUGAAAUAGAAGCUCAAGUUCAACAAGCUAAGAUAACUGAAGUUGAAAUCAAUACAGCCAGGGAAAUGUAUAGACCGGCGGCUGCAAGAGCUUCGCUCUUAUACUUCAUUUUGAAUGAUCUAAAUAAGAUUUCUCCAAUGUAUCAAUUCUCUUUGAAGGCCUUUGGAACAGUUUUUGAAAAAGCCAUUGAUAGAGCAGAGUCUUCUGAUGAAGUAAAACAGCGAGUAGCAAACCUCAUUGAUACAAUUACUUUUGCAGUAUCUGUUUACACAAGUAGAGGACUUUUUGAGAAAGAUAAACUUAUAUUUUUAGCUCAAAUGACUUUCCAAAUUUUGCUAAUGACGAAAGAUAUAAAUCCUAUUGAAUUAGACUUUUUAUUAAGAUUCCCUGCAGUACCAAAUGUAACUUCACCGGUUGACUUCUUGUCUCAUCUAUCAUGGGGAGGUAUCAAAGCUUUAUCAAAUAUGGACGAGUUUAGAAAUCUAGACAGAGAUAUUGAAGGAUCAGCUAAAAGAUGGAAAAAGUUUGUUGAAAGUGAAUGUCCAGAGAAAGAAAAACUACCACAAGAAUGGAAAAACAAGAAUGCACUUCAAAAAUUGUGCAUGAUGAGAGCUUUGCGCCCUGAUCGUAUGACAUAUGCGAUAACUUAUUUCAUUGAGGAGAAGAUGGGUGCGAAAUAUACUGAAGGCAAAAGUGUACCUUUUGCUAAGAGUUACGAAGAAACCGAUCCAGCCACUCCAGUAUUCUUUAUUCUUUCUCCUGGUGUAGAUCCCCUAAAGGAUGUAGAAGCACUUGGCAAAAAAUUGGGUUUCACAAGUGACCAGAAAAAUUUCCACAAUAUUUCACUCGGUCAAGGUCAAGAAAUAGUUGCUCAGCAAGCAAUGGAUGAAGGAGCUAAAGAGGGACAUUGGGUUAUCCUUCAGAACGUCCAUCUUGUUGCUAAAUGGCUCCCAACAUUAGAAAAGAAAUUAGAAGAGCUGGGUGCAAGCUCUCAUGCCAACUACAGAGUAUAUAUUUCUGCUGAGCCAGCUGCCACUAAAGAUGCUCACAUAAUUCCUCAAGGAAUCCUAGAGUCUGCUAUAAAAAUUACAAAUGAACCUCCCACUGGAAUGUUCGCCAAUCUACACAAGGCGUUUGAUAACUUCAAUCAAGACACACUGGAAAUGUGCGCGAGAGAAGCAGAAUUUAAAGCCAUCCUUUUCGCCCUUUGCUACUUCCACGCUGUCGUUUGUGAAAGGAGAAAGUUUGGUCCUCAAGGAUGGAAUAGAGUGUAUCCAUACAACACUGGAGAUCUUACAAUUUCAGUAAACGUUUUAUACAACUAUUUGGAAGCUAACACUAAAGUUCCGUGGGAAGAUUUAAGAUAUCUUUUUGGAGAGAUUAUGUACGGUGGACAUAUCACAGACGAUUGGGACAGGAGAUUAUGUAAAACAUAUCUGGAAACAUACAUGCACCCUGACAUGUUAGAUGGAGAGCUCUAUCUUGCUCCCGGUUUCCCAAUUCCGCCAAAUUCAGAUUACAAGGGAUAUCAUAGCUUUAUUGACGAAGUUUUACCUCCAGAAAGUCCCUACUUGUACGGAUUACAUCCAAAUGCUGAAAUCGAAUUUCUCAACACAACAUCCGAUAAUUUAUUCAAAACUGUCUUUGAGAUGCAACCAAGAGACGCAGGAGCUUCAGGAGGUGCAGGAGUAUCCAGGGAAGAAAAAAUUAAACAAUCUCUUGACGAAAUUGUCGAAAAACUACCGGAUGAGUUUAACAUGCAUGAAAUUAUGGGUAAAGUACCACCAGAUGAAAGAACUCCGUAUGUUGUAGUCGCUUUCCAGGAAUGUGAACGAAUGAAUACAUUGACCAACGAAAUAAAGAGAAGUCUUAAAGAAUUAGAUCUCGGCUUAAAGGGAGAGUUGACAAUUACCUCAGAUAUGGAAGAACUUGGAAAUGCUCUUUUCUUAGAUAAUGUUCCAGAAAGUUGGUCAAGGAAAGCCUAUCCAUCUCUCUAUGGUCUAACAGUAUGGUAUGCUGAUCUCCUUCAAAGAGUAAAGGAGCUAGAAACCUGGGUCUCUGAUUUCCAACUUCCGGCUGCAGUUUGGCUGGGAGGCUUCUUCAAUCCUCAGUCUUUCCUCACAGCCAUUAUGCAACAGAUGGCUCGUAAGAACGAAUGGCCACUAGAUAGGAUGUGCCUACAGUGUGAUGUAACAAAGAAAACAAGAGAAGAUAUGGGAGGACCACCAAGAGAAGGCGCAUACGUUCAUGGAUUAUUUAUGGAAGGAGCAAGAUGGGAUAUGCAGACAGGCAUGAUCCAAGAAGCAAGACUAAAAGAAUUAGCUCCCCCAAUGCCAGUUAUGUUUAUUAAGGCUAUACCCGUUGAUAGACAAGAUUUGAGAAAUAUGUACGAAUGUCCCGUAUAUAAAACAAAGCAAAGAGGUCCAACUUUCGUUUGGACGUUUAAUCUGAAAACUAAGGAAAAACCUGGAAAAUGGACAUUGGGAGGUGUUGCCUUAUUGCUACAAACUUAA